UUACACAUUUUCAAAACUUUUUUCUAUACUCUCUUUAUAGGUUAUAUGUAAAGUCAGAUGUGCCACUGAACUUGACAAACACAAAAUUCUAUUGCAUUUGGGCUUUAUAUUGGCAAGCCUUAUCUUUUUAGUGGUGAACUUGACUUGUGCAAUGAUAGUCCAUGGAGAUGUCCCAGAAAAUCAGUUGAAAUGGACAGUGUUUGUUCGAGCGUUAAUUAAUGAUAGCUUGUUUAUUCUCUGUGCCAUCUCUUUAGUUAGUUAUAUAUGCAAAAUUACAAAAAUGUCAUCAGCAAAUGUCUACCUCGAAUCAAAGGGUAUGUCUCUGUGCCAGACUGUUGUCGUAAGCUCUGUAGUCAUUCUUCUCUACUCCUCAAGAGCUUGUUAUAAUUUGGUGGUGAUCACCCUAUCUCAGGAUACAUUAGAAAGUCCAUUUAAUUAUGGCUGGUAUAAUCUCUCAGAUAAGGCUCAUAUGCAAGAUGUAAAUGGAGAAGAGUAUAUAGUAUUUGGAAUGGUCCUCUUUCUGUGGGAACAUGUGCCAGCAUGGUCGGUGGUACUAUUUUUCCGGGCACAGAGAUUAAACCAGAAUUUGGCACCCGCUGGCAUGAUAAAUAGUCACGGUUAUAGUCCCAGAGCUUAUUUUUUUGACAAUCCAAGACGAUAUGAUAGUGAUGAUGACCUGCCAAGACUGGGAAGUUCAAGAGAAGGAAGUUUAUCAAAUUCACAAGGGUUGGGCUGGUAUGGCACCAUGGCAGGGUGUGGCAGCAACAGUUACACCGUCUCUCCCCACCUGAAUGGACCUAUGACAGAUACUGCUCCUUUGCUCUUUACUUGUAGUAAUUUCGAUUUGAACAAUCACCAUAGCUUAUAUGUAACACCACAAAACUGACAGCAUUACCAAGUUGUGAUUCUUCAGUUGUUUUUCAUGAAUGUGUGUAUUCAAUGCGUUUAAAUGCCAUCUACAUAAACAUUCCAUUAUCUUUUGCAACUGAAAACAACGCCUGGAAAUGUGGCUGUGUUCAGCAGAGGACACGGCUAUUACUUUGACCUCUUCAUAGUACAGUGAAGUUAAAUGGAACAUUUGGAGUGGAAGAAAAGAGAGAUUAGAUCUUAAGGCCCUUGAUGGUCUCCAAACAACUUGACUGUGGAACAUCAAAAGCAUAUUUGCAUAUUUGCACUUUUAUCUUUGUUCUGAAGAGUACACUGCAGUCCUCAAAGUCAUACUCCAGUGUUCACCCUGCGAUAUUAUAUUGUACACCAAAUCAAGAGGCAAUUUUCCUAUUAAAAUAAACGUCUGUGUAUUACAUGGUGUACUCUAUAUGGAAUUUUUACCCAAUAAAAAUUUUACAGUGUGAAAAGUGCACAGAACUAAAGCAUAAAAAUGUAUUAUUCUUUUUUUUAAAUAUACUAAAAAAUGUGUAAUCAUUGAAGAUAGUUCUUUUAAGCAUGAUCAUAAAAUACCAACUUAAAUUAUUCAAACAAUCUUUUUUUUUAAUGAUAAUAGUAAACCUUUACAGUGAUGACCAGCAGUGUUCUUUGGAAAGCCACAGUUAUUUCUUCAAGAAGAAAGUACACCAGUGAAAAUUAUGUGGCUACUUUGAGUAGAAGUAGUCAAGUGAUUAUUUUGUAUGAUUAAGAUACAUGUAGUAGGUUAAGCAUGAUUCUUCAAGAAAGCAAUAGUGGUUUUUGCAUAGGGAUAUUUUAGUAGAAAUCUCUCGAGACUAAACAAGUUUACAGAUGCAUUUAAGAGUUAUUCAUGAAAUAUACAAUUCUAAGUUAAAACAUGAAUACAUUUGCAAAAGCAUUCGAUUUAGCUGAAACAAGAUUUUACCUGGUUUUACCGGAAAAGCAAGAUUGUCCUCAGGUAAAUUAAAUCAUGAUACAUCAUUGCAGUGAACUCAAGUGCAAUACUUUGUAAGACAUAAGUCCUCCUUUAGUUUUCACAUUUUUAUAUCUUAUAUGGGCAAAGCCAAAUUAAAUUUAAUUCCAACACUAUAUAAAUAAGCAAACUGAUAUGAAGGUACUAACUAGGUAAGUAUAAAACCAGUGGUUAGCAACAUUGGAAUACUUUUUGAAUUAUAUUAAAACUGUCUUGAAUGUCCUUUCCCAAAUCUAAAAAAAUAUAUGGUAGGCUAAGGUAAUAGAGAAUUUUAAAAUGCACUUUCUACCAGUGUUUAUAUUAAGAGAAGGACUGCUGCAUACCUCAAGAUGCCAAGGAACAGGCAACAUUGGGAAGCUGUCACAGCAUACUUUAAGACACCUAACUUUAUACAGUUGUCCGCUGAUCUGUUUCUUCAGAACUGGAACUAAUAUGACAACUGUCCUUUUCUGUCUCCUAAUUUUAUUUGAAAGUUAUGUUUUAUUUCUACUCUCUCUU